UCAUUUACUUAUUUAUUUAUGGUUUUUCAAGACAGAGUUUCCCUUGUGUAACAGCCUUGGCUGUCGUGGAACUGGAACUGUAGACCAGGCUGGUCUUGAACUCAUGGAAAUCUACAUGCUUUUGCCUCCCGGGUGCUGGGAAUGAAGUGUGCACCUGCACUGCCUGGCCUGUUCUGUUCUUUUAUCCUGUUGUUUCCCCCUUUCUAUGUCUUACCAGUUGUCCCCUUUCUAAUUAUUUCAGAUGUUCUUCCUUUUAUUUCUUCCUUGGUUUUUAUUUUCCUCUUAUUCCUGUUAUACCUAAGACAAAAAUCUCUUCUAACAGUGUGCUCUGUUUGUAGGCAUGUCUGUUUACACACUUUUGGCUUUCAGAUGCCCUCAGUGAAUUGCUUCCCGAGCAUUUCCUCCCUCUGCUCCUCCCUUGCUCUCUGCCAGGCCACCCACACUUGAGAAGGCAGCUGGAGGCUGUGAGUGGUGGCAGGAGCCAUAGGACCAGAUGACUUGCUGCCCAUAGGCGGUAGAUUACUCUUAGUUCAGUAACUAGAGGACCCUGGGUCAAGCUGUGUUUCUGGCACCUCUAUUCUUCUUUCCACCACGGCCAUCCUUUAUGGACCCGGGCUGUGGGUGGUGGCACAAUGCAGAGGGUCAGAUGAUUGAUGCCCUUUGGCAGGUGGAGAGAAGCGGGUUGAGGUUGCAAAUUGGCUAGACGCACUUUGUGCUGGGGGAGGUGUCGUCUCUUGCUCCAUCCUGGGCAGCAGUGGUCGGCAGAGACCUGGGCGAGAUUAUCCCGGGCGCUUGACCCCUCCUUAUGCGGGGAAGGCGUGGUCCUGUGCCUCACACAGUGCUGGAGUGGCCGGCAGAGACCUGGGCGAGUUCAUCCUGAGCGCCCGAGAUGUUGGACUGAAGUUGUCCCGGGGGAAGCGUGGUCUCUUGCUCCGCCCAGGGCUGGAGUGGUCCGCCGAGGACUGGGCGAAUUUUUUCGGAGCGCCCGAGCUGCUGCACGCAAAUGGUGCCGGGGGAGGCGUGGUCUCUUGCUCGGCUCUGGGUUGCAGUGUCAGGCCGAGACUUGGGCUGAGAGCCCUUGCUGCCUGCCUGACGUUUUGCCGGGGUGGCGUGGUCUCUUGCUCCACCCAGGGCUGGCGUGGUCGGCAGAGCCCUGGGCUACUUUAUUCUGAUCGCCCAAGCGGCUGGAUUCACGUGCUUCCGGGGGAGUCGUGGUCUCUUGCUCCGCCCUGGGUUGAAGUGUCCAGUCAAGACUUGGGCUGAGAGGCCCAGCUUCCUGACGUUUUUGAAAGGGGAGGCGUGGUCUUUUGCUCCGCCCACGGCUGGCGUGGUGGGCCCAGACCUGGGCGAUUUUAUCCUGACCGCCCAAGGGGCUAGACUCACUUGGUGCCUGGAGAGGAGUGUUCUCUAGCUACGCCCAGUGCUGGGGUCUGCAGAGACAUGGGCUUGGUCUCUCGCCUCAUGCAGGGCUGGAGUAGUCGGCCGAGACCUGGGCGAGUUUAUCCUGAGAGCCCGGUGAAUGGGGAAAUCGUGGAGCCAGAAGCUAAGGUACUCAUGUCUGAGGACUUGAGCGGCCUGUCCAUCAAAGGGGAGCUGCAGGAGAUGACAGAUAAAGAGCAACAAGGACAACAUCUCAGAAUAGUCUCCCCUGUGUCUCCUGCUAGGCUUCACUGCUGCUAUGCAGUGAUCAUCGUCCUCACUGGAGCUGUGAUUGCACUUUCUGUUGCUCUGUCAUUGUCAGUGAGAAAGGAAGAAAGGGCCAUUGCAUUUCCUGAAGCUGGCAAUGGGACCUGCCCAAGAAACUGGAUUGGAUUUGGAAGUAAAUGUUUUUAUUUUUCUGAACACACAAGUAACUGGACAUCUAGCCAGACCUCCUGCAUGGAGCUGGGGGCCCAUCUAACUCACUUUGACAGUCUGGAGGAGCUGAAUUUCCUGCAAAGAUAUAAGGGGGAUUCUACCGCCUGGAUUGGCCUGCACAGAGAGUCAUCAGAGCAGCCUUGGAUGUGGACAGACACCACUGAAUAUAACAACUUGAUUCUCAUCCGAGGAGAAGGAGAACAUGCCUACCUGAGUGACAGAGGGAUCAGCAGUGGCAGGAACAACAUACGAAGGAAUUGGAUUUGUAGCAAACCCAACAGCUAUGCUUUACAGUGUCCAGAAGUUUCACAAUUGAUGAAGGACAGUAAAGAAGAAGUCCCACACUAGCUCAGAAUUUAGUAUAAUAAAAGGUUAUUUUUUAGGGAUAGUCCCACAGAUCUAAUGUUCUGCUCCAACAGGACACAGCAAGUGAUUCCAGCAUCUGGAAAACAAGGAGAGAUGCUGAAUGCAAGCUUGAAAUCAGCAUAUAUAGUAUAUGAGGCCACGCCCAAGAGGGUGGGUAACUUAAAUGCUACUGGCUGCAGGUAUUCCUACAGCAAACAGCUUGUGUAGAGAGUGUGUCAAAGUCAUCAUGAGAGAUCUGUAACAUGUUAUCUACAGCUUCAGGUUUAUUUCUUUAACUUACGUAAUUUUACGCCUGGCGAUGGUGGCGCACGCCUUUAAUCCCAGCACUCGGGAGGCAGAGGCAGGCGGAUCUCUGUGAGUUCGAGACCAGCCUGGUCUACAGAGCUAGUUCCAGGACAGGCUCCAAAGCCACAGAGAAACCCUGUCUUGAAAAAACAAAAAACAAAACAAAACAAAAAAAACCAAAAAACUUAUGUAAUUUUAUCAAAAUUAACUCAAAAUCUGUGCUGAUGAAAACUAUCAUAGAGGACUAUACUUACGGGUACUUGGGAGACUAUGGGUGAUUCUAAAUUAAAUAAGUGUUUGGUAUGGGUUUGUACUCACAUUAUAACCUGAAUUACAAUCACAUUAUUCAGUAAAAUAACAUUUCUCUGUGUUCUAUUCAUAAUUCAUAUAGUGCUUCCUUUAUUUCAAUCCAUUUUAUUUUUUAUUUUAUUUCACUAUUUUCAAAUAAAUAAAUAAAUACUUUCUCCU